AGAGAGAGAGAGAGGGGCUGAACGGAAAGCAACAUCACCGCCUUUUCCAUCCAGCAUCUCCACCGACCGACACCGAACUCGAGUGGGAACACACAACUACUGUCCUCCGGUGUCCAGAGUUCCCCCUCCUCCUCCUCCACCACCUCAAAAUGUCCGUGGGCAGUGACUUUGGGAACCCUUUAAGAAAAUUCAAACUCGUCUUUCUGGGGGAGCAAAGUGUUGGAAAGACGUCUCUGAUCACACGGUUCAUGUAUGACAGCUUUGACAACACAUAUCAGGCCACAAUUGGAAUUGACUUCCUGUCGAAAACCAUGUACUUGGAAGAUCGAACGCUUUCUCUUUCUGAACCCCAGGUGAGGUUGCAGCUCUGGGACACAGCAGGACAAGAGCGCUUCAGGAGCCUCAUUCCCAGUUAUAUACGGGACUCCACUGUGGCUGUGGUGGUCUACGACAUUACAAAUGUUAAUUCAUUCCAGCAGACGUCAAAAUGGAUCGAGGAUGUGAGAACAGAGAGAGGAAGUGAUGUCAUCAUAAUGCUUGUGGGCAAUAAAACAGACCUGGCAGAUAAGAGGCAAAUUACAAUUGAGGAAGGUGAACAGAGGGCUAAAGAGCUGAGUGUCAUGUUCAUAGAGACCAGUGCCAAGACGGGUUAUAACGUCAAACAGCUGUUUCGGCGUGUGGCAGCUGCUCUCCCAGGAAUGGAAAGUAUGCAAGAAACGAGCAAAGAAGGGAUGAUCGACAUCAAGUUGGACAAACCGCAGGAGCCCCAGACUACUGAAGGCGGCUGUUCCUGUUAAUACUCAGCGCCGUCCUGGGAAAAAAAAAAACAUCAUUUACACCACAUGCUUGUUAUGUUGCUUCCUAUUGGUUAACCUGCAGUUGACUUUGCACGUUGAGAAUCUGGCCUCCUCACCUGACUACUGGUCAUCGGUUGGAACUAGCAAUAUGUGAAUUUGGUUCUAAAGUAGUGUAGCCUACUUUAUUAAUGAAACUGCCAAAAAGUCUUACAACUUGCAAAAAAAAGAAGAGAAAAAGACAAAGAUGUGAAACAAGAUCCCCAAGUUGCAUAUAUGGAUACAUUUUUUUAAGUAGAAAAGUUUCCCCAAUUUCUUUUUUGUAUAUUUUUGUAUAUUCAGGGAAAUCUCUCUGGAAAGGUUGUUUUUUUAAAAGAUGCAAACAACUAAGCUCCGUAUUUGAGAGCUGGAUAGGAACAGAUGGUUUCAGACGUAUUUUUAUGGAUCUCACUCUUGUUACAGGCAAAAAUGGAAGUCCUCCCAACGUUAUUACCCAAAUGUUAACCACACAAAACUCCUACCUGACCGGCUACAUACACUUCUCCACAUCUCAAGGCUUAUUACCGAAACAUAACCCAGCCUUCCUGUUAGGCCAAUCACAGCGCUCCUGCCCAUAACCCCUGUGGGAUCCAUAAUUUUGCGUUCUAGACGUUCAAGGACAAACUGAACAGUAACAUCUUGAGUAUCUAAUGCAUGCCUAGUUUUUCAGCAUAGGUACUGUCUACCAGUGUACACAAGUUUGAAUAUGUAAAUGGUAACAUUACACCAGUGACUUAAUGCACUCUGAUAAUGACUAGUCCAAGUCUCUUUGUUUCUGAUGAAAACUGAAAACUGUUGAACUGGAUUUGUAUACUUGACUUCAGAAUAUCUUUUUGUCGUGCGUGCGUGUAAAUGUGUGCUUUCUGUAUAGGCAACAUUAGAAUGCAGUUACAUAGAGGGCCACUGCCAGGUUGUGUCAUUCUUGCCACAUUAAGGCACCAUUUAGGUCACCAUUUUGUUUGCAGUGUGUCAUACCUUCCCCACUCACAGCAAUGUGACAUCUGCUGUUGCAUUGUGCGAUAUCUUGUAGUAGUGAUUAUGGUAGUCUGCACAUAUGCUGUAAGGGAGCAGUGGAGAAUCAAAGCCCUUGCCUUGUGUCACAGAGGAACACAAACACAAAGUUCCCCUUGUGGUGAUCUGUAGACUUUAACGCAGGUUCUGUGAUCAAAACAGGCCUUUAACAUUGUAAAUCAGUGCAUUUCAUUCCUGACAAAAGACUAAUUUGCACAUGUAGACCUUUCAGGUUAAUAUGGAGUUAUGAAAAGCUUCAUUGUAAAUGUACAGUCACUUAAUUCAAGACCUGUCUGAUUGUCAUAGAAACUCGUAACGUGUCCCCACUGAGAUGAGGUUUUCUUUGCUGCUUGUGUUUAAACUGACUACUGACGUUGGCAUUAUGCAAUGUUGCAAUGUUGUUUGAUUUUUUUUUUUUUUAGAGCCAGGUAUCAUAAGGUACUGGUGGUGAAGUCAACCAGUGUUGAGAACACUACUUUGAUUUGACUCGUCUUUGAAGUGAAAUCUUACUGCACUUUUUAAGAACAUGUUUUAGAAUUAGAGUGAUAAUGUAAGUCUUAGAAACAUGGUUAAAAAAUAUAUAUCUUUAUCUCCAGAACAUUUGGAGUACUGUGUCUUAGAGUAGACUCGAACAUUUUAUGAAUUGUUCACGUGUGUCCAAAAAAGGGGAGCACUCUUGUGAAAACUAGUGAACCUUUCUAACCCACAUAAUGAGCCAAAUAAUAAUAAUACUAAGAGACAGAGUUGGAUUAAAUAUCACAGGAGAUCUUGACUGGAACACACUCUUCUGUGGGUAUGGGAAUGACAAAGACAGGUUGCAUUUCAAGUCAAAAUCCCUCAAAAUGAAAAAAGUAAUCAUGUACCAACCCUCUGUGUUGCUGCCUAUUUAUUAUUUCAAAACAGGAAUGUACUGCUCUCAUUACCAACCACACAGCCCCGUAAGGAGAGCCCUUUUUGAGUAGAGACUCAAUGGGUAUUUAUUUUUAACUGAGAACAAGUGAUUAAUUUAAUUGAUCAGUUACUGUAGACGUUCCUUUGUAUUUAUUCACCUUACAUAUUAAAGUCCACCUUUGUUUCCCAUUUAAAGUUUAAAGUCCCAUUUUAACAUUCCCUGGAAAUGGACCAAGUAAUGCAACAAAUGUCUUUGCAUGUCAGGGGUCUGCAUUUGAAGAUGGAGGCCAUGGGGGGAGGGGGGAGGGGUGUAUGUUCUGUCACAGCUCUGUGCAGCAGACCCGAUCAGUCCAGAGCUGGCACUCCAUUCACACUGUACAGAGAUCUAGCAUGUCUCUCCAAAUGAUUAAUAAAGAUGUCUUAUU